UUCGCCCACACCUGACGUGUCUGUGAAUGUAAAAGACCCUGGAUGUGAAGUAAACCGAUCACUCUUCAAUUGUUGACUUCAGUUAAGCAAAGUCUAAAGUUCAGAUUUGCGGUUGGUUUCUUUGGCUAAUUCUCAUGCAUGUUUAAAGUGACUGGAAUUUCUUUCGACUCUGUUACAAUUUCCUAUCUUCUUGUCUGCAUCGGACACCCCUCUCCCCACCUGAAAACCAAUAAAUGAAGGUUGACAGGGGGUCGACAGAAUUAAAUUUAAACCUCCCUGCUUAAAUAAAUUGGGUUACCGACAACGUCCGAAAAAUAAUGCAUGUCUUUUACUAUCGAAUUUCUUUGUCGUUGUUUCGAGAAUAGAAAUUCCAGUGUAGCGUGAAUGGGUCUUUACACAUAGUUAAUUACGGGUCUUCUCGGGGAGGGGAAUGAACAAGGGUCCGUCCAAAAUAUGGCACUUAAUAGAUGAGCCCCGCUUUCUUAUUUGAAUUUGUCCUAUACGAGGGCGCUGUUGAGGACUUAGUGCGAACAGUGAAAAAGUUUAUGCACAGCACUAUACAACUGGGUGACUGAUUCACCUGGUUGGUAUUGAUUCGGCGACAUAAUGUGUGGCGUUAUCUAAAUCCUAGCUGUGAAGUAUUCAUUCUCCGGAAAUUAAACCUAGGUGUUAUUUCUUUGAUGGGAAAACUGGAUUCGACGUAGAUUACAGCAAAUUCCCAUGCGCCUUGAUACCGAGCAAAAGCUGAUCCGUUUUAACGUGGCGAUCGGGAAAGACAUGCGGCUAAGCCACAUUUUAGACUAACCCAAAAAUCUCGGAUCUAAUAUUAUGACAUCUUUGCAGAUGUGGUGGCAGGGAGGACGAUACAAUCGCUUGUUUGUUCUUGUAUGAAAAAAAAUAUCAACAAAAUACAGAAAAAGCAUGACGGAGCGAUAAAAUGGCAGAUGAAUACAGCAUCGUCCCCGUGAAUUCGUCGAAGUGUACUAUGAAUCCGUUGUUCUCCGUCCUGUUUUUGGGCCUGGCUUGUGUGUCCACUAUAUUCCAGAUCCUCGCCUUCAGCACCCACGGAUGGGUCGUCAUGACGGAAUUCCUGACCGACAACUACACGGAAGAUGUCCGCAGUGUGGAGAUUUACACCGGCCUGUGGUAUACAGUUAAAUGUGAAAACGGUGCCUUCAGCUCGGUAACACACCAUGAAGCCUUCAAGGAGGACAUAGCAAAUGGCAAUGAUUUCAAAGAAAUCCAGUACUCUUUGCGCGUCUGGUCACAGGUACUGUGUACCCUGGCACUGCUGGCCUCCAUUCUAGCCGCUGUAUUCUGUGUUCCAUUUCUCUGCAAAACCAGCAGCUUUUUGCGAUAUCAUUUAGUCGUAGUCCUUACUUCUACAAUAUCGUUCUGUUUGCUGUCAGCUGUCGUGUUCAACUGGACGGCGGAAGUAGCGUCAACCAAUAAACUAAAAUUAAACCAAAACCUGACGUUUUACUUCCCUUGGUCUCUUCUACUUGCCGGAUUCGGUGCCUGUGGCAACCUUAUCCUGGACAUUGUUCAUUUCGUUGUGUUGUUUCGCUCCCUUGCUCCUAAUUCGGAGGAUGCGCGCCGUGAGACAUUUCAUCCAAACUCGUACGUUCAGUUAAGACAGAUUUCUCAUGAAACGACCAUUCGAAACGGAUCGUGUGGUGGACACGACUCUCAGUGCAAGAACCAGGUAACCGAGGAGAGAGAGCUAUGUGAUGAUUCGGUGGAGGGGGAGGGGGAGGGAGAAGGGGACAGGGACUCUGUGGAAGAAGGGGACAGGGACUCUGGGGAAGAAGGGGACAGGGACUCUGUGGAAGAAGGGGGCAAGGACUUAGUGGAAGUGGGUGAAGUUGAGCGUGAUUCAGGACCACUAUUCACGUGAAAGUCCAUUGGUGGAAUACUCUAUGAACCAAGUCAAUAUAAAGAAAAUAAAUAUUUGCGUUUAUGACAUGCUUGCUGUUGCAUGUGCUUGCGGUUAUCACAACCGAGACCUUCGCUUUCAGUUUUUGAAACCACUCUAAAACAUGGAAAACUAAACAUGUGCAUAUACAGUGUUAAUUGUUUUAUUUGAAGUGCACACAAACCAUGCAAUGUACUGAAAAGCGUGUUCGUGUGGUGAUGCUAGUAUUGUCUUCAUAUAAUUCAAUGUAAACAAUGUGUUCCUUACAUCUGUCAUAUUUCUCUCCGGGGUUCAAGAACAAAUACUCUUUUCCUUUCUGUGAGCGUUGUCCAAGUCUGGUAGACUGUUUUAGCCGUUAACAAUUGAAAUUGAUAUUAAGAAUUGUGGGAAUUCAUUUUUCUUUAAUACAGAUUUCUUCAGUUAAAGAAUUAGUUGUGAUGCAAAAAUAAUUGUAAGAGAAACAUAUUUUGCAAGAGUCAAGAUUGUGUCCAUGUAUAUCUAAGGUAGGGACCAACUCUUAGUAGACAGAAUAGCACCAUGGUGAAUCUUAUACCGGGUAUUUCGCGUCCUGGUAAACCACCAACAAGAAUUAUAUUAUUUUGAUCAAGUUACCUAGGAAUGAUGUCCCUCCGAUUUUGCUUUGUAUUCUUAAUCCACAUGUCGUGAGAGAAUCUAGGUUUUUUUUAAAAUAUCUUUAUCAAAUGCCAGAAGCAUUCAAUACGUGCUGACAUUUUAUUAUCUCAGCCGCUGAACAGUUUAUCGAUUUUCUGUUCUUUCUGUAAAAAAAAAUACACCAUGCUAGUUGUAUGCCUUUUAUGUGUUCAUAAAAAUGUAUUUUCGAGUAAAAAAUACACGACAUCUUAAAUGUU